GAGACUGAAAUAGCUACACACACAUAUAGACAGAUAUAGACCUAGAUCCGAAUACACUUACAUACACAAAAACAAAACAAAAAAAUAGUUUCUACAUUGCCUUAAGAUUUUUUUCUUUCAAAAAAGAAAAACUUCUGAAAAUCAAUCUUGAUCUUUCAGAAUCAAAAAAUACAUUCCUUUUUUUCUAUUUUUGAAAUCUGGACGUCUUUCUUAUUCUACUGGAUUUUAUUGCGGUUGCUUUGCUUCAAGCUUUGUUCAGAGACUUAUUUUCCUGUUUGUUUUGUUUCUCUUGCUGCUAUCAAGGUACAAAAUGAAUACCGUCCAGAAUCCACCAUUGAAUGCCGUAGAGCAAGUUCCGCUACAGCUCCAAAUGUGGUGGUAUGAUUUAGACAAAUAGGGUCAAGACUGGGUAGUCGAACAUCUCGGUGCUCUGACCGAUAUCAUGAAAGUUAAGCCACGAAAUGAUCUAAUCAAGGCUUUAGUGACCUUUUGGGAUCCUAUCCGUAAUGUCUUCCGCUUCUCAGACUUCGAGCUCACUCCCACCUUGGAGGAAAUAACGGGGUAUACAGGUUUUGGUCGGGGUCUGAGAAAUCAACAGCUCAUAUUCCCGAGGCCCAUGUCAGUGCGCCGUUUCUUUAAUAUCAUGAACAUCAGUAAGCAAAUAAGAAAGAAUCGUGUGAACGAGGGCAGCUGCUCAUUCUACUUCCUAUACUGCCGGUAUGGGCAUCCAGAGGGAUUUGAAACGCAUAAAAAAGGUUUGAACAACAAACAAAGCAAAGAUACUUGGAAAGUUCACCGUCGUUUUGCCUUCAUCGUGGCAUUUCUGGGUGUCAUAGUCUUCCCAAAUGAAAAGGGGAUAGUUGAUAUUCGUAUGGCUAGAAUUGCACAAGUCCUAACUGACAAGGGAGAUCACACACUCGCUCCACUAAUAUUGUCGAAUUUCUAUCGGGCAUUGACGCGGUGUAAGUCGGGGGCGACAUUCUUCGAAGGUUGCAACAUUCUUCUACAAAUUUGGUUAAUUGAACAUCUUUGCCAUCAUUCGAAAUUUAUGAACUACGGUCCAAGCAAGAGCAACUUCAUUGAAAACUAUGAAGAAAGAGUGAAAGACUACAAGUCCCCGGAAGGGGUUGAAUCUUGGAUCGCCCACUUGAGAGCUUUAAAGGCAAAUCAGAUUGAGUGGACUUUAGGAUGGCUCCCGGUGAGGGAAGUUAUAUAUAUGUCAGCCACAAAGAAUUAUUUACUAUUGAUGGGCUUGCGAAGUGUCCAACCAUAUACACCCCAUUGGGAAGAUAUCAAGUAGUACCUAAGGAUGAAGAGUUGAGUGUCCAAGUUAUUGAGUUACAUCCCGAAGCUCCACUUCCCGAAGCUUUAAUUCAACAAAUCUGGAAUGGGUGCCGAUACUUGAAUUGAUACUCAAGUACCCGAUCUUGCCAGAGGCGAAGUAGAUCCGGGCUAUGCCACAUGGUUCGAGAAAAGGAAUUGCAUUGAUGAGGAACCAGAGCCCGAGCCAGAAAGGCCUGCCAAAAGGCCUCAUGUUCAAGCUUUUGAUGACAAGAUCCAAGAACGGUUGGCCUGGGGAGAAAAAGAAAGAAAUAUCAAGCCACUAUCCAUGCCUUGGAGGAAAAAUUGAGAAACCUCGCAUUUGACAAUGGUUUGCAGGCGCAGGUAGCUGAAGGUGAAAAGAGAAAGUUAACUCGAGAGAAUGAGGCGCUCCGAGCCCAACUCCGAAAUAUGAGGAUAGCCGCCGAAACGCCUGUAAGAAGCGAGAGAGAUGAAAAGAUCAUCAACAACUUAAGAAUGAAGGUCCAUGACUAUGCAGCUGACUUGAUAAAAAUCGAAAAGGAUUUGCUAGAUGCUCAAACAAAACUAACUAAGGGAGCAGAAGAACAUGCCCACCAUUUGAGACAGAAAUACUGGGGUAGAAAGUUUCGUUCGUUUGUUUUGAUUCCUGAGCAGGUUAUACCUUAAAGUACUGGGUUCGAGACGACCAAAAGAAGACGUCUCAAUCCAGAAUAAAAAAAAGAAGAAAAAGAAAAACCCACGUACAUAAGCGGAGAAGAUAUGGGCUGCUCAAGACGAGAUUGAAGUCCCAAGUUUUGCAUGUCCCAUCUUGAUCUGAAAAGAUGAAGAAGAUUGAACCAACACCUACAGCUAACAAGCAUCAAGAUUCAGAUCAGAGUCUGCAUAAAGAGCCACCCAAGACUCAAGACCAAGCUUCGAAAAAUUUACAAAUAGGAAUCUUGUAACUCGUAUCUGAUAGGCUUAGUUAGUUUUCUUCAUUUUUUACUUUGGUGUAAUACGGAGUUCAGCAACAGUAACAGCAGCAACAAAGUGAAAUCACAAUUUUCCAGUAA